GUUAUUUUUCCAAAACAGCGUCGUUUCACUGGAAAUCAGGACAUCCUUGGAGUCACAACACUCCCGAAAGCCUUUUCACAUUCGGUACUUCAUUCUCCGACAUCGAUCGUCGAUGUCAAAACAUUCGCCAAAAAUGGAGACGAAGUUAGAAGGGAAGCGCAACAAGAUCUACAGAAUGCCUUCGUUUUUAUUUUGGGUCGUAGCUUCGGUGAUUUUCAGGCUAAUUUUAAUUUACUUCCCAAAAAAUCUCAACUUAUCUUCUCGUCCCGAAGUCUCCACUCCUCUCACCAGCAUACGUCGUUUGGCGGAGGGAUACUGGCUAAAGCAAUCAUCAAUGUCUCCAUACGCAGGUUCAAUGUAUCAUGGUUCUCCUCUGUUACUUUCUCUGCUCGGGCCGCUCACUGUUAAGAGGAUUGAAGGGCAACCCGAUCAUCUUCUGUGCAGUUUACUUUUUGUGCUGGCAGAUGUCAUGAGUGCAAUACUGCUUCGUGCUACCGGUCAGAAUCUUCAGGCAGCAUAUGCUCAAAGAUUGAAAUCCUUAGAACUCCAUGCAUUGUCAAAAAAUUCAGAGAUUCUCUCUUCUGGAGAUAUUGCUGCUCUUGUGUACUUGUGGAAUCCUUUCACAAUUGUAGCCUGUGUAGGUUUGUCCACAUCACCAGUUGAAAAUCUGGUCGUCUUAUCAUCUCUUUAUGGAGCAUGUAAAAGAAUGCCUGCCUUGGCUGCUUUUGGGUGGGUUGUGGCUACUCAUUUAUCUCUUUAUCCUGCAAUAUUAAUUAUUCCGUUGAUUUUUUUACUAGGAUAUGGUCCAGAUGCUCCUCCCAGGAAAUUGUUCAUUCAUAGUAGAUGCAGCAAAUGUGGAGAUAAUCCCUUAAGUAAUACAUCUUGUCAACAAGAGGAACUGAAUCAGUCAAAGUUACCAGUGACCUUCUCCUGGAAACCAGUCAUUCAAUUUUUGUUGUGGAUUUCCUUCUGGUCUGUCUAUGUGCUUAUUCUAUGUGGCAUAUCAGUUAAACAGAAUGGUGGUCUGUCAGAGAUGUUUAAAAGUACAUAUGGAUUCAUCCUCACUGUGGAAGAUUUGUCUCCAAACAUGGGUGUUUUGUGGUACUUCUUUGCUGAAGUUUUUGAAUUUUUCAGAAAUUUCUUUUUGAUAGUGUUCCAUGUGAAUAUUCUAUUCAUGGUAUUGCCAUUGGCCAUAAGUCUGAACCACCGGCCUUGCUUUUUGGCUUUUGUGUAUAUUGCUAUCUCAUCGAUGCUCAAAUCUUAUCCUUCAGUUGGCGAUUCAGCUUUAUAUUUGGCUUUGCUAGGUUGGUUUGUUUUUGAAUUAGCAGAUAUGCAAUUCUCCUUCUUACUCUUUUGCGGAUAUGUUGGAGUUUCCCUCCUCAGCCCUGUGAUGCACAAUCUAUGGAUAUGGAGGGGUACUGGCAAUGCAAACUUCUAUUAUGCAACUGCUAUGGCUUUUGCUUGCUUUCAGAUUGUUCUGGUGGUUGAGGGUGUAAGUGCGAUACGCAGGCAUGACCGGACAUUGAGAAAGUUAUCUGUCACAAAAUCUUGAGCUGUUGAAUUUGUUUAUUUCUUGCCACUGCAUCUGGGAUAGUUCUUACCACUUGUCAGAGACUCGACAACAUUAAGCCACUGGGAAUUACUGUUUUAACCUCGUUUGCACAUUUAUGUGAAGGCUGAAUGGUCUCAAACAGAAAGGUUAAUGAACUCGUUCCUUCUUGAAAACCCUGUAAGUUUUUUUAAUUGAACUCUUGAUAUAAUUGAUUAUGGUAAUCAGUUACCAGUAGUGCUUUACAGUUUUGAUUUGCUGUA